UCCGAGAGGCUGUUAAUGGCACCAUGUUUUCUGGAGGUUCUGCUUUAGUCAGAUAAGGGAAGUUUCAUUAAUAUUUAUUUCUACAUCUUCUGUAGCUCAAAUAUUUUCACCUAAAAACAAUCUUUAUGUUGACUCUGGGGGUCAAAGUGCAUCCCCACAGUGGAAAAGCUCUUGUCCCAAUCUCUACAGGAAUCAGUCUGAAAUCUUGGGACAUAUCUAAGCCUGUCCAUCGUGAUUGACGCAUAAGCAGUGGUUCAGGGCACCGAGUUAGCGAUUCUAGUAGGUAAGCAAGACCGUGUCAAGAAGUGGUUCAUGAGAAGGCAAAAACGAGGGAGAGUGACAGUCGUUGUUCUUUAAGAGGACCCGGUGGUGGAGGAGAAAGUUGCACAUCGGCCCUGAACCGGGCGGACCCUGAUCUGGGGCCUGAGGACACGAUUUGGGGAAACCUCGGCGGCAUCCGGGCUCCGCUUGAUGCCAGUGCGUGUUUGUGCAAGUUACUUCCUCAAGUUCAGGGUGAGGGUAAUAAUAUCUACCGCGCGGAGUUGCUGGGAAGAUUCACCGCCAACCAAGGCAGAGCGCACGGCUUGCAGGAAGCGCUCGCUGGGGUCUGCUCUUUCCGGGAAUGGGUGGGGCGCGCACUCCUCACAGGGUUCCUAAGACUUGCGUCACGCGCCCCAGUCCGCUGGCUUAUAAAACCCUGCCAGAGCCCCAAGAUCGCUUUUAGUUUCUGUUCUUUCUGAGGGAGCCUCUCGGGGCCCGGCUGGGGAAUCUCAGCCUCGCCGAGCCUAGAACCGGCAGAUUUACCCGCGCGUCCACUUUCUUUCCACCCAGUUGCCCUUGCGGCCGCUGUAAACCUGCCACUAGGACCGGGUCGGUGAGAUCUAGCCUCUUGACCUGAGAGCCGAGAGAGGGGAAGCCAAAAUCGCUGGGCUGGGCUAACAGCUGCGGAGAGCGCGCCCUCGCUGGCUCGGGCGCGCCCAGCAGGAGCACCGCCCGCACCCGCCCCUGGACACUUGUAAGUUUCGAUUUCACCGCUGCCGAGUCCUGCGCGGCGGCAGAGCCAGCACAGCCAGCACAGCGAGCGCGCCAUGGCGGAUCCGGAGGUGUGCUGCUUCAUCACCAAAAUCCUGUGCGCCCACAGGGGCCGCAUGGACAUGGACGCCCUGCUCCAGGAGAUCAAGCUGUCGGAGGAGCAGCUCUGUGAGGUGCUGCAGGUGGCCGGGCCCGACCGCUUCGUGGUGUUGGAGACCGGCGGCGUGGUCGGGGUCACCCGAUCGGUGGUGGCCACCACUCGAGCCCGGGUCUGCCGUCGCAAGUACUGCCAGAGUCGCUGCGAUAACCUGCAUCUCUGCAAGCUCAACUUGCUGGGCCGGUGCAACUAUUCGCAGUCGGAUCGGAAUUUAUGCAAAUAUUCUCAUGAGGUCCUCUCAGACGAUAACUUCAGAGUCCUGAAAAUGCAUGAACUUUCUGGACUUAACCAAGAGGAAUUAAAAGUGCUCCUUGUCCAAAGUGAUCCUUUUUUUAUGCCUGAGAUAUGCAAAAGCUAUAAGGGAGAGGGUCGACAGCAGAUUUGUAGCCAGCAGCCACCGUGUGCAAGACUCCACAUCUGUGACCACUUCACGCGAGGGAACUGUCGUUUUCCCAACUGUCUCCGGUCCCAUAACCUGAUGGACAGAAAGGUGCUGGCCAUCAUGAGGGAGCAUGGGCUGAGCCCCGACGUGGUCCAGAACAUCCAGGACAUCUGCAACAGCAAGCACAUGCAGAAAAACACCAUGGGACCCAGAGCUCCUACACAUCGUGGAAACAUGGCAUAUAGGGCUAGAAGCAAAAGUAGAGAUCGGUUCCUUCAGGGCAGCCAAGAAUUUCUUGCGUCCGCUUCAGCAUCUGCUCAGAGGACCUGCACGCCUAGUCCUGAUCAGAUCGGCCACAGGGCUUCCCUGGGGGAUGUGCCCGUAGACGAUCUCACCUACAAGUUCGGGUAUCUGGGGAGUCAGGCUCACACUCGGCUUCCCUCUGGCUCGUCCAAGGCUACCGAUCUUGGAGGAACAAGUCAGGCUGGGGCGAGCCGGGGGUUUUCAGAGAACGGCAGUCUACAUGGCAUCUUGUAUGGGAAUCCAGGCGACACUUACCAUGCUUCUGAUUCAACACCAGCCCCCAGCUGGAAGGGCCCCACAUCCUGGACGAAUGACAAGGGCACGGGGAGAGAGUCUGUGUUUUCUCCCACGCUACCUGCCACCCGCUCUUCUCUGGGCUGUCUGCAAACACCUGAAGCUGUGACCACCAGAAAGGGCGCAGGCUUGCUUUCCUCAGACUACAGGAACAUCCAUGGCAAAAGUGGAACUCAGGACAUGCAGGCUGGCCCUCUUUUUAAUAAUAACGCCGAUGGAGUGGCCACAGAUAUAACUUCCACAAGAUCCUUAAAUUGCAAAAGCACAAACAGCGGUCAGAGAGAAAUAUCAUCCCCUAGGAAUCAGGACGCUGGACCUGCUUCCCGACAUCUCCAGGCCACUGGCAGAAUCACAGAUGGCGCUGACCCAAGAGUGGCACUUGUUAACGAUUCUUUAUCUGAUGUCACAAGUACCGCAUCUUCUAGGGUGGAUGAUCAUGGCUCAAAGGAAAUUUGUCUUGACCAUCUAUAUAAGAGUUGUCCUCUUAAUGGCAGCUGCACCAAAGUCCACUUCCAUCUGCCUUAUCGGUGGCAGAUGUUUAUUUCAAGAACCUGGACGGACUUCCAGUUCAUGGAGAAGAUUGAGGAGGCCUACUGUGACCCCCAAAUCCAACUCUUUUCUGUGGGAAGUUAUACAAUCAAUUUUCGGAAAAUGACUUGUGGUUCCAAUCCCAUCCAACGCCUUUCCACUCCUUCUUCUGUCACGAAGUCAGCCAACCCUGUUUUCACCACCAAAUGGAUCUGGUAUUGGAAGAAUGAAUCUGGCACAUGGAUUCAGUAUGGAGAAGAGAAAGACAAUCAGAAAAGUUCAAGCAUCGACUCUUCAUACCUGGAGGCUUUCUAUCAAUCCUGUCCGAGGGGAGUUGUGCCAUUUCAGGCGGGCUCACGGCACUAUGAGCUGAGUUUCCAAGGUAAGUUUCUGUGUUUGGCAGUGUUGUGUGUCACUGAAAGCCGCCUGGAGUGUGCACGUGGGAAUGGGAGCAGAGUGGGUAUGUAUUGCUAUGGCCAAGGUCAAGGUCAAGAUUUAGCAAGGUGGUAGAGUGUAAGCCGGUGGCCAUCAGAAGACCUGUGUUCUAGAGCUCUGGCUCUGACAAACACUUGCUCUGCCACCCUGGGAGGUUCACCUGGCCUAUGUAGGCCCAGUUCUCUCAACUGCAAAAUCAGGGGCUCAAACUAAGUUGUCUUAGGGGUGCUUCUAGCUCUGCCAUGCUGUUUCUGAUUCUGGGUGGGGAGCUGCCCAAGCAGAGGCAAAAUUUCAGGUGCUGGUGACUAUGGUAAAGACCUUGGGCUUUUGGGCACCUUCAGAGUUUUAGAAACUUGCUGUUUCUUUUAGGCUUUAUCAUCCAGGUCAGUAGUUUCAUCCUCACAUUGAUUAAAGUACCUUGCCUUCUACCAUGUUUAUUGGAGCUACUGUAGAAAUGUCUUCUGGUCAGCUGCCGCCAAUCUACCUGCUGUGUUUAGUUAGGUAUAAGGGCAGGAACUGCCCUCUUCUGAAGGUACUGUCCCAUCGGGCACACCCUAGGACACCGCCUGCACAUGAUCAGGGACUUGCUCUUUUGGGACUUGCAGGUGCUUCAGAAGAAGUAAAGGAGCCUUUCUAAGGUCCCUGAAUUCCCAGAUGGUACCUGCAGUUGGGUCAUGUAUCACUUAGUGUGCAUUAGGUGAUGUAGCUUUUACAAGGACCAUUAUACCAAGUAUUUGGGAAAACAGCCUGGCAGUACCAGUGCCAUUAACAUUUGCUAAUAUGCUUGUCUUUUCAUUCCCCCAGGAACCUUUCUUAGGAAAUAAUUCACUAGAAGAAGGGGGAAGAAAGCUAUAGGCAUAAAGUAAGGUGCUUGUUAACCAGCAUGGUGUGACCUACGAAUGGGCCAAAUACCAGUGCCCAUAGUACUAAAAGCGGACCGGUCUGUGCACCAGUACAGCAGCGACUACAUAAAUCAGGGUCCUAAAUUUGGGUGGCAUAUUUGGCACUUGUUAGAGAUUUUGAUUAUGAAAAUUAGAUAGGAAAAGCAAAAUUUGAUAUUGUUAAAUGAAAAAGGCAGAACACUUUUUUUUUUUUGAGAUGGAGUCUCCCACUGUCACCUGGGGCUA